AUGUUUGAAAAUAUUUGUACUACAAAAUUAUGGGAUAUACACCAAACAUGGUAUACACCCGAUCCUCAUCUAAGCUCAUGUAUGAUCGAGACAUGGUUUGCAUGGAUUCCCUGUAUAUUCCUAUGGCUAAGCCUACCAUAUAUUAUCUAUAAUUGUUAUAAAUCAUCGAACAAACCAUCAAUUGAAUGGAACUCAUAUAAUUCAAGUCGUCUAUGUCUGGCCAUUGUCAGCACAGUUGUCCUAUUUGUUGAAUUGAUACUUAGUUUGGUUCGCAAAUAUCAAUGGUUGGACAGUCCGAGUACGGCCUACAUUGUAAUGACUGCCAUACAAACAGCUACCAGACUAGCCCUGUGUCUAAUCUAUUACAGCCAUCGUCUCUAUGGUGUCCAUCGAAGCGGUUGUGUUUGGAUAUACCUAUUGAUCGAUACAUUUUUGAGUAUACUAUCAAUUGUUACAUACACUACAGCACCGGAUAAUAAGCUUAGAUACUAUGAGUUUAUAUUGAGAUGUUUGUCAUUUUCAUUGACAGCAUUGUUGCUAAUCGUAACAACAUUUGCUGACAAACUGCCGACAAUAAACACUGAAAUUGAUGGCCAUGCAUCCAAAAGACAGGGCAUCCUAUCUAUCAAAGAUAACCUACCAUUGGAUUGA